GAAAUUUCCUUACUAGAUGACAUUUCAUCGCAAUGUCCGAUCGUUUGGGGCAAAUAACCAAGGGAAAGGAUGGGAAAAGCAAGUACUCGACUCUCAGCCUGUUUGAUAAGUAUAAAGGAAAGUCAAUAGAAGCUAUCAGAACUACAGUUAUUCCUAGACAUGGCUUACAGAGUCUCGGGAAAGUUGCUGCUGCCCGGCGCAUGCCACCUCCUGCAAACUUGCCUAGCUUGAAGUCUGAGAACAAAGGAAACGAUCCCAACAUCAUUAUAGUACCCAAGGACGGUACAGGAUGGGCAAACAAGCAGGAUCAGCCAGACCAAAAGAGUUCCAGUGCGACGGCUGCACAGCUGCAGGAGUCGCUGCCGCAGCAGGGUUUGCAGAAAUCUGUCUCCAAUUUACAGAAGCCGACACAGUCAAUCAGUCAGGAGAGUACAAAUUCAGUGCCAGGUGGACCAAAGUCAUGGGCACAGCUGAAUGGAAAGCCAGCAGGACAAGAAGGUGGUUCAAGGGCCUCAAGCCGACUGUUAUCCUUCUCUCCCGAGGAAUUUCCGACGCUGAAAGCAGCUGGCGAGCAGGACAAGGUUGGCAAAGAAAAGGGCGCCUUAGAUCCGUCGUAUGGGCCAGGACCAAGCCUCCGCCCCCAGAAUGUCACCAGUUGGAGGGAGGGCGGUGGGAGGAACAUAACCUCUGCCACAUCUCUGACCGCCUCCCCUGCUGAGCUGGGCAGCAAGACCUCUAGCACGGGAGACGGAGCCCCCUCCUCAGUGACUACCAGCGAUCCGAAGGAGCCGUCUCUCCGCCCAGCUCAGCCUGUCCGCAAAGGGGCUUCGCAGUUCAUGGGAAACGUCUACCAACCACCUACAUACCAUGACAUGCUACCUGCUUUUAUGUGUCCACAACAGCCAACUGAGACCCCUGCAUCGCUGGACCGAGGGUCUUUCCCCCUUCCUCAGCUUCGGCUUGAGCCCCGGGUACCUUUCAGACAAUACCAGAUGAAUGACCAAGAUGGAAAAGAGAACAGGCUCAGCCUGUCUCGCCCAACACGUCCAGUUCGGCAGCAAGUAGAGCGAGCACCUCGGCCCACCAUUAUCAAUGCGGAGAAUCUAAAGGGGCUGGAUGAACUAGACACUGAUGCGGAUGACGGAUGGGCAGGCAUUCAUGAUGAAGUGGAUUACUCAGAGAAACUGAAGUUUAGUGAAGAUGAGGAAGAAGAAGAAACUCUUAAAGAUGGACGACAGAAGUGGAACAGCUGGGAUCCCAGAAGGCAGCGACAGUUGUCACUGAGCUCCGCAGACAGUGCAGAUGUCAAACACACCUUGGAGGAAGGAAAGAAUUGGGGCGACUCAGUUGCCUUGUCCCGGACAGUCCGGAAAGUGCAGGAUUCACAGCAGCCUCCGAGGAAGCUGAAUGGCUGGAGCUCUUCGUCUGAAAGCCAGAAGCCCACACUGGGAAGUAUUCUCAGACAGCAGUCCCUCGAGGAUAAAGAAGAAAAGGUGCCACUGAGACAGAAGUUUGUGCACUCUGAGAUCUCUGAAGCUGUCGAGAGAGCCAGGAGGCGACGGGAGGAGGAGGAGCGGCGAGCCAGGGAGGAGCGUCUGGCAGCCUGUGCUGCAAAGCUGAAGCAACUUGAUCAGAAAUGCAAACUGGCUCAGAAGAGUGGGGAGACCCAGAAACACACUGAGAAUGAAGACCUGCGACCCCCAAGCACAGAGAAAAAUGCUGUGCAAGAGAAUGGUCAUGCUUUCCGUAGAGCAACCCCUGAGUUUCAUACACAGGAUGUCUCUGUUGGCUAUCUGGAAGAGAAGACUCCUGCUCCAGCAGCAGCAGCCCAAAGCAGCAGUGAGGAGGAGCUCAGAGAAGCUCCCUCCCCAGCACAGGAAUUCAACAAAUACCAGAAGUCUCUUCCCCCACGAUUCCAGAGGCAGCAGCAGCAACAGCAGCAGGAGCAGCUGUACAAGAUGCAGCACUGGCAGCAGCAGCAGCAAGUCUAUCCUCCCCCAUCCCAUUCCCAUCCCCAACGGACAUUCUACCCGCCGCACCCCCAAAUGCUUGGCUUUGAUCCUCGCUGGAUGAUGAUGCCCUCUUAUAUGGACCCUCGCAUGGCCCAGAGUCGCACCCCCGUGGAUUUCUAUCCUUCAGCCCUUCACCCUUCAGGAAUUAUGAAGCCCAUGAUUCAGCAGGACUCCAUCGGUGGGAGCAGCUGUCGGUCUGAAGAUCAGAAUUGUCAGGGAGGGCAGGCAGAAAGGAAAACUGCUGCCUUGGACCCUGUGCCAGUGUGGGGCCAGGAGAGCUACACAUCUCUGCAGAGCAAAGGGUACUCUCUAUCACAUCAAAAACAAGCUGACAACAUGACGAUGGAGGGGCUGCAUGCCAGGAAUGACAGUUACUCUGCUGCUCCUGGAAGGCCAGAGAGUCUGAGCACCCAGCGAGAUCUCUUUGAGGAAAGAGGGGAGGAGUAUUUGAAUGCUUUUGACAAGAAGGCCCAAGCAGACUUUGACAGCUGCCUGUCUUCUCAGAGGAUAGGCCAAGAUAUCUUGUUUCAGCAUCAGGAGACCGUGCAGGAAACCUGUCCUGCUGGCAACCGCCAUGCAAACUUGAGGUGUUCGCCCCUAGAGCCCGAUUUUAUCCAAGCAGAGAAGAAGCCUGAAUAUAACGGCUGGGAUAUCAGCCACCAUCAGAAACCUGCAGAGACUGCAGCGGAAGUUGCUGAAGAAGUGCCUAGGGAUGAGCAGUCAUUCAGUGCUGACCCGUGGAAGAAAGAAGGAGCUAAUACCAAACAGCCCACUGAAGAGACAACAGAGUGGGCUCCUGAGAACCGGAACACGAGUGGUCAGCACCAGGAGCAAAUGGGGAGGACACGGCGAUCAGGCCCGAUUAAAAAACCAGUCCUGAAAGCCCUCAAGGUGGAAGAGAAGGAGAAGGAGAUGGAGAAGGUUAAACUGGAGGGAGAGGACACUUCACGCCCACUGAAGGAGAAGGUGGCUGUACAGAAAGUAGAAAAUGAGUCAGAUGAUUCUGCAGCCUUGCUGAACUCCACACGUUACCUGCUGGAUGAUAAAGGUUCUUCCCAAGCCAGCCUUACCCGAGAGGCUGAGAAAUCCCAAGAGGAAGAAGAAGAAGAAGAAGAGGAGGAAGAGAAGCCAGAAAGAACCUGGGAGAACAAACUAUCCAGAGAGUCCGGUGAUCUCCCUCCCACAAAAAGAAACAACUGGAUCUUCAUUGAUGAGGAACAAGCCUUUGGUGGGAGAGGUCAAGGGCGUGGGCGAGGGAGAGGCUUCAGAGAGUUCACUUUCAGAGGCCGAGGCACUGUUGUGGGCAGCCGGGGAGUCUAUAACAACCAGCGGAGCAGCCGAGGACGAGGGCUUCGCGAGUUCAACCAGCCAGAGGACUUCCCCAGAGGCAAGCCAAGGCGCCGGAUUGCGAGUGAGACGCACAGUGAAGGGUCAGAGUAUGAGGAGCUCCCCAAGCGUCGCCGGCAGAGGGGUUCGGAAAACAGCAUUGAAGGCUCUGUGCUGGACAGGGAGGACAGUGAUUUGAAAAAGGGAGACUUCAAAGAGUCUUGGAGGUCCAACAAAAUCUAUUCAGAUGAUCACAGCAGUCUGGAUCCUAAGAUGAGGGCUCCAAGAGCUUUUGGGAGAUCACUGCCACCAAGACUAAGCAACUCUGGCUAUGGGCGAAGGGGUUUCAUGGGUAAGGAGCCCACCCAGUGGCAAGGCAGGAGUGGGGGAGCAGGGUGGCAGGAGUACAGCCACACCUCUCCAUCAGACACUUUUGGGAGCAGGCAGCAGUCUGACAGGGACUACAUUCAGGAUUCUUACAAACACGUGGAUUCCUUCUCCAGCCGGGUUUUUGAUGAGAGUCAUCUGGAUGACAAAAGGCACUUUUUCCAGGAGGAUUACUCAGCGGAUCAGGAGAACAUAGAGAACAGGCCAUUCAGGAGGCGGCGUCCCCCCCGACAAGACAAGCCCCCGCGAUUCAGGCGCCUCAGGCAAGAGAGGGAAUCGGUUGGCCAGUGGAACCCCGAGGAGGGAGGCCCCAACUUGCUGCCCAGCCAGUGGCCUGGAAGACCCAAGCUGACCACCACAGAGAAGAGCAGCAUCUCGGGCAGACGAUCUCCUGAGCUGUCUUACCAGAACUCAUCGGACCAUGCCAACGAGGAGUGGGAGACAGCAUCUGAAAGCAGCGACUUCAGCGAGCGGCGGGAGAGGCGAGAUGGAGUUUCAGAGAGCGAAGGCCAGCUGGACGGUGGCCUUGGGAGUGGGAGCUUGGGAGAGAAGAGGGAACUAGCGAAGAGGAGCUUCUCAAGCCAAAGGCCGCUUGUUGACAGGCAGAGCCGCAAGGCCGAGCCAGCAGGGUUUGCCGAGCAGUCUGUCAGGACUGGUGUAGGAGCAGCUUCCAGAUAUGAGACCCAGCAGAACGGGACACUGAUAAAAAGCAAAAGGUCUCCAGAAGAAGGAGGGGGCCUUGGCAACACCAGUGGUGGGAGCAGCCACUCCAUUUACAGCUUGGAUAGGGCCUCCCAUGCGAACUCAGAGAGCACUGAGGGGCCAGGUAAAAAGCCAGAGAAGGAGCCCAAAUCCACUGUGCAAAGAGCAAGUGAGAAGGGAGAGGCCUUGUCACAGUUUGAACUGAGUUAUGGAAGUACCAUCAUUGAUAAUCGGGUGUCGAACACAGCAGAAGAGAAUGAAGUAGGUUCUAUGGCAGGUGAAGGCUUCAUUGAGGUUCUUACUAAAAAGCAGCGUCGUUUGCUGGAAGAGGAGCGAAGGAAGAAGGAACAGGCUGCUCAGGCACCAGCUAAGGCCCGUGUCCUUCAGUCUCGCAUUCCUCCUCGAUUUGCUAAGAAGCAGAGCAGUUUGUGCUUGGAGCAAAGUGAUGUAACAGUUUCUGGAAACAGCCUGGGCACAGAAAUCUGGGAGAGCAACAGCCCAGCUCUUUCAGUUCAGUCUCCUGGCAGCGAUUCCUGGAGCAAGCCUGUAAAUACCUUUAAUGGCACUGAAUCUAGCACCACUGAGCAGGGUUUUAAAGGCAGCCAGGGGGAUAGUGGCAUUGACUUGAGCGCGGAGUCUCGGGAAUCCUCCGCUACCUCCUCUCAGCGCAGUUCUCCAUAUGGCACCCUCAAACCAGAGGAGAUGAAUGGGGCUGGCCUGGUGGACCCAAAGCCUGACUGCCAGAAGGAGCAAGUGCAGAAGCAAUCUGAUAAAAAGGAUUCAGAUCAAGGCUCAGGACAGAACAAGGAACACAAGCCUGGACCAAUCGGCAACGAACGCUCCCUGAAAAACAGAAAGGGUUCGGAGGGAACGGAACGGCUGGAAGGGAAUAUUCCCCCUGUUAACGGGGUGGAAAUUCACGUGGAUUCUGUACUUCCUGUGCCACCCAUUGAAUUUGGAGUAAAUCCUAAAGACUCUGACUUCAGCUUGCCACCUGGUUCUGCCUCUGGCACUGCAGCUAACCCUGUCACCAAACUGCAGGAUGCCUUGGCCAGUAAUGCAGGGUUAACGCAGUCCAUUCCCAUUCUGCGAAGAGAUCAUCACCUCCAGCGGUGCAUUGGCCUGAACCCCAUGUCCUUCCCCACUGCAGACCUUACUCUUAAGAUGGAGUCUGCUCGUAAAGCUUGGGAAAACUCUCCUAGUUUACCAGAACAGAACUCCCCAGGAGGUGCAGGCUCAGGCAUCCAGCCUCCUUCCAGUGUUGGAGCUUCCAACGGUGUCAGCUACAGCUCUUUUGGUGGAGUUUCUAUGCCUCCCAUGCCUGUGGCGUCUGUAGCACCUUCUGCAUCUAUUCCAGGUAACCAUAUUCCACCCCUGUAUCUGGACGGCCAUGUGUUUGCAAGUCAGCCCCGCCUGGUCCCUCAGACGAUACCUCAGCAGCAAAGCUACCAACAGGCUGCUGCUGCUCAACAGAUUCCCAUUUCCCUCCACACAUCCUUACAGGCCCAAGCUCAGCUUGGGCUGAGGGGUGGUCUGCCUGUUUCCCAGUCCCAGGAGAUGUACAGCUCCAUACAGCCCUUCAGGUCUCAGGUGUAUAUGCACCCCAGUCUGUCUCAACCCAGCACCAUGGUCCUGACAGGAGGCACUGCACUGAAGGCUCCAUAUUCUGCCUUCCCAGGCAUGCAGCCCUUGGAGGUGGUAAAGACCCAGUCUGGGUCCCCCUAUCAGCCCAUGAACGGAAGCCAGACGCUGGUUUAUGAAGGCCAGAUAAACCAGGCGGCUGGUAUGGGAGCUUCCCAGAUGAUGGACUCUCAGCUUACACAGCUAACAAUGCCUGUGCCUGGCUCCCAGCUUCCUCUGCCCCGCUACGGCUCUGGCCAGCAGCCCCUGAUCCUGCCACAGUCCAUCCAGCUCCCUCAGGGGCAAAACCUGCCUGUAGGAGCUCCCCGAAGAAUCCUCCCUCCUGGAUCCCAGCCUUCUGUUCUUGCUACCAGCAGGGAGUCCUCCCAGAUGGAAAUGAAAGGGUUUCAUUUCUCCGAUGGUAAACAGAAUAUGUCCUCCGGAGGGUCUGUACCAUCACCACAUACGUACAGGCCUAGCUCUGCCAGCCCAAGCGGGAAGCCGUCUGGACCAGCAGUUAGUAUGGGCUCUGUGCAAGGACACUAUGUACAACAGGCAAAGCAGCGGGUGGAUGAAAAUAAAGCCAACCUGGGAGCAGUAAAGCUUCAAGAAACAGCCUCCACAAACCAGAUGAAGCCAGUGCGCACAGGAGCGAUCAAACCUCAGGCAGUCAAAGUGGAGGAAAGCAAGGCUUAGGAGCAUCUCUGAUGCCCAGCUGGUCCUGCUGCCUGAGAGGCACUGCAGCUUAGACUGGACCCCACUGGAUCUCCUGAAAAUCUCGCCAGAUCUACUCCCCGCCUCACAUUGACUGACUACAGCGACAUCAUCCAAGCCCCUCUCUCAACAAAGCAGUUUGAAACAGUGGAUAUGACAUUGACCUGCUUGCUUUAAAACAAACCAACCAUGUGACUUUUAAGUGGCUCGAGCCAUUUUUUAUUUUUUGCCCCCCGUGCCCCAUCCACAGAUAGCUGUGAUCGCUCGCUUGGCAAAGCCCAUCCUUCUCCUUCCCUACUUCUGUCUCAGCAGAGUGGCAACUGGGGGGAGGGGUUAGUUUGAGGUUUUUCAUUUUAAAGGCAGCUGAGGUUUUUACAGAAAAGCUAUAUCUUUGUUUAUAGCAGAACUUUUAUAUGUUCUUUCAUUCCCCCCCCUUCUUUCUGCUUUCCUCAUUCCUUCCCGAAAAGACUUCCCUUCAGCUAAAAUUAUGUUCUGACAAAACUCUGCUUAGUUUUAUAUAUGGUUCUGUGCUAUGUUGAGAAUCAUGACUCUUCAAAAUUGAGUUUGUUUGGGUGUAUUUUCCCCAGAUGAUUUAGCCUUUCAGAUUAUUUGAUUAAAAAAAAGGACAGUUAUGGCAUUCAUUAAUUUUUCAUUAUUUUUGUUUUAAGCUAGAAGCAGUGCUUGCGUUAGAAGUAAGUGUGUACUAAAGGUAUAUAGUAGAUCAGUGCAUUAAUCUUGAAACUUGCACCACUUUAAUUGUAGCUUUGGGGUGCCUUGUGCACAACAAAAUGUGGCAUUUUCGUUUUAAGGAAAAAAAAAAAACCACCAAAUUUCUGUUGCAAGCUCAUCUGGAUCUAGGUAGGGGGUUUUUUGUGGGUUUGGGAUUUUUUUUAGUGACUGCCAAACACACAACAAAAUGCAAGUCAUAAAUUGACGAACUGUAAAAUCUGUUAAGAAAAAUCUCCUCACCACACAUGGGUCAGAAGAGUUGGCUAGAGCCAACGGGUCUGUAUGGACUACUUUUUGUAGUUGUGAUGCUCUCUUAUGCUUCCUACCUUGGCUGCUCUAAUUCUUCAUGUCUCCUCUUGUUCUGUGUUAUGUUCAUCCCUUGGGGCUGCUCUCCUAAGCUUUGCUCUUCUCCCUUUUCCCUAGGUCUUGCUUUUUGUUCCUCUAACUCAUGGCCUUUUGUAAAAUUUGCAUAGAAAUGCAUUGUAAGGGAGCCCCUCUGCAAGGCAGCCAUUUUAGCACACUUGGAACCUCCUUUUUUGUGUUGGAAGCACAUGGUUACAGAGGCAGUUUGGAAUUAUACUUUUACUCUCCUUCCCUGUAUGAACAGCAAAGGGUUCUUUACUUUUGAUGCAGUUGCAUAUAGUGUGUAUACAGUGUCAUCACCUUACACUUUCUUAGAAUAAUUGAUGAUCUAUGAAAGGAAGGUCCCAGUGGGAGGGGGUUGGGGGUUUUUCUUUGGUUGUUUGGUUUUGGUUUAUGUGUGCAUGUGCGUCUAGAUUUUAGGAUAGACUUACAAGUUCCUGAAAGCGCUUGGAGUCCUUCAGCUGACGGUAGUCUUAAGUAAAUCCAACUACUUUCAGCUAACUUGGUUUGUGUUGUUUAGCUCUUUCAAAAUGUAAAGUAGGCUGGUCACUCUAAAGUGAGGGAAAGAAAACUUCAUUUCUGCAGGAGAUGUUACCUUGCUAACUGGCUGUGCCGUCUGCCUCUGCUAGGUGGCGGCGAGUCAUUUGUUGGUGGUUCCAAAGAAGAUAUUUUGAACAAAGAAUGUAUUUGGGAAGGGAUCUGAAAGGUGUUCUUGUUUCUUAGUUUGCUUUUUUUUUCCCCCCUUUCUGGGAAAGAUCCUUCAUAACUUUCUAGGGAUGCAUUUGAAGUUUUAAGCUAGGUAUAAAUAAGAAUUUUAUACAGUAGCUUUAAAGAGCCUGGAAACCUAAACUAACUUAGACAUAGUAACAUUCCCUCUCCACAGGUGUCCCCAUUGACCAUGGCAGAGAACCCAAAGGGAGAGGGAUAGGAUGGUACUUCAAGAAAAAAGCUGUUUUUUUUUUCCCCUCAUGUUUUAUGGAUUUCUAACUUCAGAGCAGAGUGCGCCAGCAUCUCUCUAGCGUCCUCCUUAAAGUACAGGGUUUGAGAUCUAGCAACAAGUAUUUCCCCAGCCUUCAGACGUCUCCCAGACCUGCAUCUUCAUCUGCUAGUCCUGCUCCCAACAUUUUCCAAAGAUUGCUCCACCAGUAAGUCAUCCCCCCCCUUCCUGUUUUCUUCCUUGGAAUAUCAUGAACAACAGAAUUGUCUGUUUUUUCUUUUUUUAUUAUCCUUCUGCCCAGCUGGUCCUAGCUAAUAUCAGCCCAGAAUCUAACUGUAAUGGCUAAAGAGACUUAUCCGAGCCCCCCUCUUCUCAUCUCUUUUCCUACCCUAGACACACUACUUAAGCUUUACAAAGACACUAACCUCUUUCCUCCCACCUAUAUGACUUUAAAAUGGUCAGAAGUGUUGGAGAAACUGGGUUAUUGCUAGAUACAAGUUAUUGCAGUCCCUCUGGUGUAAAUGCCAUCAGAACUACAAUACCUCCGGUUGAAAAAGGUCACCCUGCUUUCUCUUUUAACCCCUUCAUUCCUUCCCCCAACAGAAUAAAACACUAGAAUUUAUUUAUACGUAUUUGAUGUUGUAGGUCUAGGUGAAAAAGUAAUUGUUUCACUGCUCUAUUUAUAUAUUAUGUCUGAAUUAUUCUGUGCAGGAAAGGCCAAGAAAUGCAUGUGAGCUUCAUUCCAUUCCUCACCUUUACGUGACUGUCAGCUGCAGUUGGCAAGACUCUCUUUCACUUAAUGGAGUUUUAUGUGUUGGAAAGCAGUUUUAGAGCCCAGAUUUCUAAGGUGCAAUAUCCUUCUUCUCUGGCAUAUAUUUUUGUUUGUUUGUUUAAAGCUAGUAUAAGGUUAGUGCUGUUUGUGGUGCUCUUGACUCAAAAGGAAAGUCUCUGAUCCUCAAGGUGCAGAAAUGCCAAGGGUGCUGGUAUGCUGAUAUAAAUUCAGCUUGGGGAAGAGGACAAUGGGGAUGUAUAGAAUGUGGAUAUGAUUUGUAGGGGAUAAUUCUGCUUGCCGUCUCCGCUGCUGAAGGGUCAGGCCCUAAUGAUUUAUUCCUUUGCGAGUUGCUUUUGCUUUGACUGGAAAUCAGCUACCAAAUUGCAGGCUCCUUCUGCUAGGAAAGGUGCAGUGUGCAGUGGGAGGGAGAGGUGGAAUCCAUAUUUUCAGCAACAAUGGGUGAAGCAGAAAUAUUCAGAGGCUGACUUUGCUGCUUUUCGUUCAGCUGAAGGUCUGAAGCAUAUGUGUAAUCAGUUCUUUUAAUAUGCAGUGAUUCAUGGCCUAGCAGCUGUGUUCAGUGCUGCUUUCCUCUCCAGUUCAGCCUGCUUUUAGCUCUUAAUUUAAAAAAAAAAAAGUUUGGGAAGAAGAAAAAAAGGAAGAAAAAAAAGCGCUCCAGUAUAUUUUUAAAUGACGAGUGGAAGCAGCACAGUCACCGGUGAAACAGGUAUUAUUGUUGAUCUUCCAUAAUUCGCUCCUGGCUCUGCCGUGUGGCAGCUGUAUAGUGGUCAGUAACUCUGAAUGUGUUUGCAGCCCAUUGAACUCCAUACGUGUUUGUGUUCAUGCAGAGGCACUCCAUUUAACAGUUUCCUUGCAAGAAUGCUGCAAAGCUACAAGCUGCCCUGUGGUUCCUGUGUAUUUAUAGAUAUAUAUUAAAAAAUGAGCCUAGCAUUUUUUGCUAUGUCUCACCUUUUGGCAGGCUACUAUACUCACUUUCAAGCGAGCACCACUGCAUGCCGAGAUCUUGUUCUGUUGCGUUUUGUUAACUUUCCGUUUUGCUUCUGACUGGUUAAGCACAGGUUAAUUCCUUGUAGCGCGGGUUAUUUUUGAUGUACAGCAGCCCAUUUUCCUUGUAAGAAAGAUGCAUUUGUGAAUAAGAAUUUACAACAGGCAUCAGGAUACUUAGUUGUGGCCCAUCAGCAGAAAAGGUGCAUUUUGCCGAAGCAGUGGAACUGCUGGCUGGGAAGAGACAGCAGCAGUCCAACUACUUUUUUUUUUCUUGUUUUAAUCCAAAGAUCACCAGAUUUUCCUAGUGGCCAUAGACACCUCCUUGGGUUUAAUGGCUCCUCAAAGACGUCUGCAGCCACAACCUGCACCGUUCCCCUGGGAAUCACAGCAGCAGCAGUGAGGCGCUCACCCUUUAGCAUGUCUCGAGGCGUUGUCCUUAGCUGGAAUCCUUCCUCUGGUUCUGUAUAAAUUGCGUUUGUUGUUUCUCAAGGGGAUAUUGUACUCCUUAAAGCUUUUAACCUCAUGACCUGUAUAGUAAAUUUUUUUUGGCCUUUCCUCUUUUCGUCUUUUCAUGUAGACCAGAUAUUUGAAAGGGCAGACGAUGGAUAAUUGUGUAACGUGCAACCUGUUUAUAUUUUUUGGAAACUUUUACUUGGACCGGAACUCGAAUCACGGAAUCACCAGGCCAGUUGCAGCACACUCUUUAUUGCCCUUUUUCCUCGUUUCAGUACCUAUUGUUUCUCCUUUCAAAUAUGUGAUUGUAUUAGCUCUUUCCAUAUGAAAGAAUUCUCCUUAUUUAA